CACGAAGUCAAACGUGUCAACUCAUUAGCCCGUAUAUUACCGUUGAUUCAGAACCUUCGAUGCAGUUCAAAUAUAAUCCAGUGUCAUGAUGGGAAAUAAAGUGUUCGCGCUAUCGCUAGUAGCUGGAAUACUGGUUAUAUCCGUUUGUUUCAAUUCACGAACAACUCAGCCAUUUCAACCGCCACGUCCUGCAAGGGUUCAUAAUGAUGAAACUGGAAGUAAUGAAAGAAAAGUUGUCAAAUCUGACAAGAGAAAUAGUGGCUUAGCCUACGAACGUGAGAUUAGAAAAAAUACAAGUCUGAAUUGUUCUAUCAAUUUUGCUGAUCCAAACAACACAAUGACACCAGUUUGGUUAACGAGUUUUGCAAGAUCCGGCAACACGUGGACACGUCAUCUACUUGAGUUGGCUACUGGCAUAUAUACUGGUUCAUGUUACAACUGUAAUGGGUUAUAUAAAUUAGGUUUUAAAGGAGAACUAGAUAAACCGGGUCUAAAACGGGAGUUAGUGUACAAGUGUCAUGUAUACCACACGGGUAUGCAGUCUGGAAUACUUCUUAUCAGAAAUGCAUACGACUCUCUCAUCUCUUUUUUCGAUUACAAGUCUCGAGGUCAAGUCCCGAAUGAGGCAUACCGAAACAACCCGAAUUUCACAAACUGGGCUAUAAUUAAACAGGAAAAAUGGCUUAAUUUAGUCGUGAGCUGGUUCGAAUCAGGAAAACCGUUUAUGGUAGUACAUUAUGAAGAUAUGGUUAAAGAUACUCUAAAAGAAGUUGAAAGAAUUUUACAAUAUCUUAACAUCAAAUUCACUCCCGAAAGACGUCGAUGUGUAAAGAACGAUAUCGAAGGUGUAUAUCACCGGAAAAACAAGGAGAAAUUCACGUUUGACCCAUUUACACGCAAACUACAUACGCUUAUCGACAAAGACAUUGAUAUUGUAAAUCAGCUAUUUACGAGUAGAAAUGAACAUCCCAUCGCCGGACCAACGUAUAACAGCGAGUUGUAA